UGAUAUAUUUUUAUAAAUACAAGUUUCCUGGGUGGUGGUUGAAGGAUGGAUAUUGGUGGUGGCGGUGAGGGUGAGAGUGGCGGCGGAGGGAUGGUGGCAAUGAGGUCAUCAUCGCUGUUUACAGCGUCGCAGUGGCAAGAACUGAAGCAUCAAGCUUUGAUCUUUAAAUAUAUGAUGGCAGGUUUGCCUGUGCCGUCUGAUCUUCUGCUACCUAUUCAGAAGAGCUUUGAAUCCAUUUCUCAUAGGUUCUUUCGCCACCCUACCAUGGGACAUUGUUCCUAUUUUGGAAAGAAGGUAGAUCCGGAACCAGGACGUUGUCGGAGGACCGAUGGCAAGAAAUGGCGUUGUUCGAAAGACGCCUCCCCGGACUCAAAGUAUUGCGAGCGCCAUAUGCACCGUGGCCGUAACCGUUCAAGAAAGCCUGUGGAAUCACAAACUAUGACACAGUCAUCAUCUACUGUGACAUCAUUGACUGUUUCUGGUAGCACCACUGGUACAGGAAGCUUCCAGAGCCUUCCUUUACAUGCUUUUGGCAAUACACAAGUCACUGCAUCCGCCACCGGUCAGUCCAAUUAUCAUCUGGAGUCGAUCCCCUAUGGAAUCCCGAGGAAAGAUUACAGGUAUCUUCAAGGAAUUAAACCCGAUGCCGGUGGGCAUAAUAUUUCCUUUGAUGCUUCAGGGAGCAACCGCGACACAUGGCCUCUUAUGCAGUCUAGAGACUCUUUGUUUACCGAGUCAAAAACCGGUAGCCACCCGAGCUUGCAGGCUGAUUACCCCCAGCAUUCGUUUUUCGGUGAUUUCACCUCGGGAGAAGCCGUGAAGCAUGGGGGUCAAUCUCUUCGACCCUUCUUUGACGAGUGGCCCAAAACCAGGGACUCCUGGUCGUCUCUUGAAGACGACAGAUCAAACCAAACCUCCUUUUCAACAACCCAGUUAUCGAUAUCCAUUCCGAUGGUAUCAUCCGACUUCUCCACAACUAGUUCUCAUUCUCCCCAUGGUGAGUUUCAAACUCCAUAGUUCCUUCUGGUAUGUCCAAUUCGUCUAAACAUUCGAACCCCGCAUUUGAAUUAUGCCGCAGUUAGUUGAAUGAGCGGAAAUUCGAGAUUUCCCGGAGGAGAAGGCCCGGAAAAGUUGUAGCUACUUGACUAAUGUUGUACUCUCUGAUGAUUUUCCUUCAGCAUGAAAACUUUUAAAUCUAAAUAAACAUGAGCAUUAAGUAAUCAAAUUACUUGGUACAGAA